AUGCUUUCGCUGCCAGGCCACUUUACAGAAGUUCCGGCGGCGACUGCGGAAUCGGCUCAGCGUGUCAUAAACACCGGGGAUAAUGAUGUUUCGCCAGACGGCACCUCUUCUCAGUUCCUACUUUUCCGAGGCCUCGAGCCUAGCGUGACGGAAGAAAUAUUAGCCAAAGGUAUUGCUAAACUUUACAAACCCUCGUCGGGUUCCCAGGCCGCCGCGCCUACCACCAGAAAAGGUGCCAAAGUUGCAUCGACAACAGGCGAUUCGAACCUGGGGGCCAGAGAAGGCUCCAUACGACGCGUGUUACUAGUGAGAGACAGACGGACUAACGAGAGCUGGAGGUACGGUUUCGCCGAGUUUGCAACGGUUGAGGACGCUCAAGCUGCCUUAACCCGCCAUAACUCUUUCGAAACUUUCACCAUAUCAUCAAAACCCGUACUCGCAAGCUAUAUCCACGCCGGGGUCUUCGUUCCAGUGCUCAAUCCCACUGCUAGUACGGAACGCUUCACAUUCAGUCCCCUGGGAAAUCCUUCGAUGAAACUCGCGUAUUGGGAUGAGGGUGCGUACGUGACCGAAUUAAAAGUCUCAAGUCAGGGGUUAGAAGAUAAACCCCAGAAAAGGGGCGCUGUUGCAUCCAGCAAAUCUACAAAGGCUAUCAAGGAAAGUGAUAAAAUCAAAAAGAGAAAAGCAGAAGCUGGGGUUGCUCCGGGCACCAAGAAGCUUGCGGUGCCCUCUCAUUUACAGUUCUGGAGUGACAGGCAUGCAGAGUUGCACGGAAUCCAGCGCAAUGAUUCUGAAAAUGACAAUCGAGAUAGAGCUGGCGCUACAGAGAAUACGAACGAUGCCUCCCCUUCAGCUCCACCCCCGUCCACGCAGUCUUACGCCGACUUGGUUCGGAAAUGCUGUUAUUUGUGCAUGCGACAAUUCAAGACAGAGGCGGAGGUCAACCGGCACGAAAGACUAAGCCAGCUCCAUCGCGAUAACCUCCAAAAUGAGGAUUUGAAAACCAAAGCGAUGGCCAAAUUGGCAAAAAAGCGAGACGGACAAUCGUCGCAACUGGGCCCCGAAUACCGCGACCGAGCCAAAGAGAGACGCAAGGUGUUCGGCUCAUCCAACAAGCCAAAGGAGCAGAAGCCAGAGCGCGAAGAGGAAGAAGAACAGCCUUCCGUUCCGGCUAUGUCAAAGGGGGCAUCCCUUCUCGGCAAAAUGGGCUGGUCUGCGGGCACUGGACUUGGAGCACAAGGCACGGGAAUGACGGCGCCUGUUACCACGGAACUCUACGCUCAAGGUGUCGGGUUAGGCGCACAGGGUUCAAAGGUUGGAGAUGCAAUACAAGAAGCGGGUCGAAAUACUCGGGGAAGAUACGACGAAUUCUUGGAAAAGACCAAGGAUCUUGCCAGGGAGAGGUAUGAGAGGAUGAACCACGGAGAAUAG